AUGGUGGAGACGCCACAGUUCUAUGGGUGCUAUUUACUUAGAUCGAUACCUAAACCUGGUAGCUUUUACAUAGGGUCCACGCCUGAUCCCGUGAGAAGACUUCGGCAGCAUAACGGCGAGCUGAAAGCAGGCGCGUACAAGACCAAGAGGGAUGGCACACGACCUUGGGAGAUGUGUGUGAUAGUCCAUGGAUUCCCUUCCAAAGUGACAGCGUUAAUGUUUGAGCAUGCAUGGCAACAUUCGUACCACACAAGACACAUCCAACCGGCUGAUCGUAUUGUUAAAACCAAGACGGCAGGUAGGUCACUCGCACAUAAGCUGGGCAAUGUCAGGCUGCUGUUGAACUCCCCCUUCUUCAACAAGAUGCAGCUGAAAGUGCACUGCUUCACCACGGAGAGUUACAAGGCCUGGUGCGAUGACAAGUUCGGCAACGUUGUUGGCGAGCACGUACAUGUGACACACAUUCAAGAGAGUAAGAGGGACGAAGAGCUCAACAUGAGGCACGUUGUGGCGUUGAAACAGCAGCACCAAGAGGAGGACGCCGCGAUGCUGGAUAGAUUUGGCGAUAUCCUUUCGCAAGGAGCGAAGGAGUGUGAGGUCUGUCACUCCACCAUCGACUAUAUAAACAAUGACACUUUCCCGCUGCUGUGCUUGUGCAGUCAGUGUGAGGGCGUUAGCCAUCUCCACUGUAUAGCCAAACAGCAACAGCAGCAACAGCAGCAACCACAGGAACCACAGCAACAGCAGCAACCACAACCACAACCACAACCACAGCAACAGCAACACCAGCAGCACUGCGAUCCGCCGUUGGUUCCGUUCAAGGUAAAGUGCCCCAGCUGUGAAUGCACCAUCCCGUGGCCUUUGCUCGUGAGGAGAGCCACCAGGGUCCGCUCAAAGUUCUCAGUGUAA